AAUCAUCUUUCAGGUCAACCUAACGGUAACCAAGAAUCUGGGGAUUCCACUGCUCUACGUCAGCUACUGACACAUGUCCCGGAUAUAGUGAUCAACUGCGACCAUAAGAAGUCUAUGCCACGUGUCAAUCACGUGGUGGGCGUGUGCAUGUUUGCUGACAUAUCAGGUAAGAGGUUUCCGGCAUAGCUUGAGCCAAAGGGCUAUUUGCAUCUAAAAUUUUUAACCAUAUCAAUUUGUUGUAAACCGCGCCACUCAAAUGGCAAAUGAACUGAUUCAAAUUCAUACACAGUUUUUCACAUUCUCCAACAGUAAUAUAGUGAAAUAGUCACAAGCCUAACUUAUUUUUCCAGGUUUCACAUCACUAUGCGAGACAUACGCCUUAAAAGCUUCAGAGGAAUCUUGUGGCACAGACAAACUUACGACCACAUUGAACACUUAUUUAGGAAAGAUAGUGGAAGGUAGGUGAUAGAAAAUGGUCCCCGAUGUGUACAUGUGUGACCUAUAUACUGGUCAUAACAUCACUCACAUGAGUCCCUUACAUAUCUCAAAUACAUAUCAAAGACUAGCCGGGAAUAGCUCCUAAUAUAUGGAAGGGAAGUAUUGUAGAGACAAUAACAUUAAAAAAAAGUGGUACAACUAAAAGUUUUUUCUAUAGGGCCAGCGCAUUCUGGAGAUGAGCUUGUUAGUAACGGCUUGAUCAAAAGUUUUCACAUUGUAUACAACAUAGUGAUAAAGUUUUUGAAUAGUUACAAUGAUGUACCCGUCUGAAAUGGUUUUCAAUAAUAUGUAUCAUGGGGAGAAAUUACAGCAGCGGUACUCUUUUGGACGCUUCGUUGUUUCAGAUAUCUUGAAGCAUGGAGGAGAUGUCUUAAAAUUUGCUGGUAUGUAGAAAUUCAUCAUUUAAUUACAAAGCGUGUCCAAACCAAGAUUCUGGGCACAAUCAAAGGAAAAUACACGUUUUAUUUUAUGUCUUCUGCUCUUUGUCUUUGAAGUGCCAUAAAUAUAAGUUCGCUGCUUCGUUUUAAUAUUACAGCGUCCUAUCUAGCAGAGUCGCUCCGAUCUUUCCUAGAUGAGUCGGGAAAGAGGAAGCGACUUAUCUAGGAAGAUGGGAGGGGAGUAUGUUCGCAGGGUAGUAUGUUAUAGCAACUUGUUUUCUUUUUAAUUUGCCGCGAGGUAACUGUCAGGGACUAGCUACAAAAUGUAAAGCAAAACCUAUUAGCAAUAAGCUUUCGUAUGUUGCUACCUGAGUUUUACCAGCCAUGCAAUUAACACUAGCCUCGGAAAGAAAUUCGUAUUUCCACGCUGCAAUGUAGUAUCCUUUGUAUACAAUUUCUUACAUUUAGGUUUUACUUUAUAAAGUGCAUUUCUGAACAUUCAAAUGAAAGCUAUAGAGCGGCGCUCUUGACAUUCAACUCUCAAUGGGAAUAAAGUACAAACUUAAGAUAUGCAAUGAAUGUCGUAUUAGUGUACGACUGUAAUUUUAACAAGACAACAUAUUUGAAAACUCCUAUGAAAGCUUACAUAGAAGUUAAUUUAUCUUUGUUCUAGGUGAUGCCCUACUCGCUUUAUGGAAGUCUGAAGACAGUGCAAUGGACAUGACGCUUCUUAUUAACAAAGCUAUCAUUUGUAGCAUAGAUAUUCAAGAAGAAUGUGAUAACUACAUGACUGAUGUAGGGGUUGUACUCGGAGUUAAAAUCGCUUUAUCGGUCGGUAAAAUGCAAAUCACUCAUGUGGGAAUAGCGGAAAGCAAACAUUUCGAUUUAUCAGGGUUAGCAGUUGAUGACGUUAACGCAGCGGAGAAGUGGGCGGAACCUGGAUCGAUAAUUUUAUCACGUUUAGCUUAUUUGAAUUGCGACCAGUCUUUGUUCUUAUUUGAGAUCAUGGAUGAUGAAUUUCAUUACAGGGUAAGUUACCUUCGUAUGAUGAUACGGUUCAAAAUAUGAGUGAUUUUAUAUUUUUCCAUUCGUGUCAUUUUGACCAUUGGGUAUAUUACGAACUCUCAAUGGCUUGCUCUCCAGUUGGCUUGAUUAGCUCAAUAGAUAGAACGUUGUGUCCGGUCGUCGCAAAGGUUAGGGUUAUAUUCCCGGUCAAGCAUGAAUUUUUUCAGGUUCUUUUUGCAACCGCUUAGGUUUUUCACUCUAUUGUAAUGAUCAUGUUCAGUUUCAAAUCUUUAUCCCCAGUUUAGAAUGUGACUCAUUUCAGUUCCUUGUUUGCUUGGAACUUCUUUUAGUGUUACCGGUGCACUGACUGUAUGACGAUGAACUCGUGAUGGCCAGUUUCUAAGAAAACGCUGGUGGUUAGGGAAGGACAUGAAGCUGAAUUAAGUCAAAGAAGCUGUGGAAGGACUUACAUAAGAACGGGACCGGGAAUUUUUUUCGGCAAUUGAAAUUUAACACCUAACGGAAGCAAAACCCGGUUACUAAACCCGGUAACGCUAUACUUUACUCCGAAAAAAGAACACAAAAUAAGAGCGAGGUGUUGACUUAUCAAUAUGUCGUCGACACAGUAUUCUUUUCGCUCAACACUAAGCGAUACCUGUACUGGUAAAAAUAUUGUCUGUUCGUCCUAAAAACAGUACCUGAGACUGAAAUCUGCAAUUGAUACCCCAUAAUGAGACGACGAGUAUCCCCCCUUACUUUCAUAAAUGAGUUUCCCCCGGGUGCAAGAGUAAGAUUGAUAUAUGAACCUUAUUCAGUUACUAUCACCAUAAGAUUGUAAUCAUAAUUAGCAUCAACACCACCAGUAGUAUAGAAGGGAUGUUUUAAGCCUUUUUUGAGGGGAAAUCGCAUGUAUUUAUUUGAGGGGGAAUACAUUAGCGCUGAUGACGUCAUAGCCUUCUGUCUUUUGCGCAUGAAUUAAGUAUGGAGGAGUCUCAUUAAGAAAAGCUUAUGUGUAUAUUAAUUUUAAGCGUAUUAACCGGUAUCAGCACUGACAGUAUCAAGUCAUCAAAAUCACCAUCACCACAACCAUUAUUGUUAUCACCAUAAACACCACCUUCAUUAACAUUAGUAUCAAAUCCAUUGAGCAAUUCGAACUCUAUUACUGAAAUCAUCAUCACCAUCAGCACCAACAUCAUCAUUACAUACUAUACCAUUAUAUAUUAUCGUCAUCAUUAUCGUCACGAUCGGUACGUACUUAGUUUCUGUCUUGUUCCUUUCCAGGUAACUGGUGCAAAAGUAGAGGAAGAGGCCUCCACUAUGACCACAGUAAAUCCAACUGGUGUUCAGUUAGCUCUCAUGUCUGGCUUACUUUCCACAGACGCUGUCUUGUUAUCAACACCAUCAGUGGCCAAGAGAAUAUUCGGCCCUCAUGUGGGUACUUUGAUGUCUCGCUAUCAUCCACAGCUAAAACUUCCCAGAAUUUUUAGCAAAAAGAGUCAGGCAGAACAGAAAGAUCAGAAAUGUAAAGUUACCGGCAAGGUGCUGAAAAGUGAAAGUUUCCACGAUCCAGGUUAGUUAUAUUUUGCCCGUAACUUUUAAAACAAUCAUAUUUCACAUAGGUUUUAAUCUCUUUCUUUCCACGGCGUUUUAUGAUGUAUAAGCAUUUACUAAAAUUCUUCAUGAAAAUUAUUUGUAAUAGCUUUUAUGAUUAUGGCCGAGAGGAAAAGGAAAUAAGCCCCCAUCGGAAUUCCACACUUUUCUAGAUACCCGGGAGGGGUAUGUUAACGUGUGUUAACGAAUAAGACUAAAGAGGUCAAGGGAUUGGGUAGGAGGAUUUAGGCUGGUUUUCACCGGCGACGGAGUCGGAGUCGGAGUUGUAAGCGGAGUCUCGCGCAAGAGCGCUUAUGAUCUAAUGAAAAUCAAAAAUCGGAGUCGUAAGCGGAGUCAUAAGCGCGACAGAAUCGAAGUCAGAAGAAUCAGAACGUUUCCAUUUCUUCCGUCAGCGCUUACGACUUCGUCGCUUACGUUCAAACCAGAUUGUCGGAGCCGGAAGCAGAAGUGGAAGGACGCACGUUCCCACGCGCUUUGUGAUUUGUCUGGUUUUCUGCUCCUGUUUCCGACUCCGACAAUCAGGUUUUCACUGGAUCAUAAACGGAACGUAAGCGACGGAAUCGUAAGCGGAAUCGAAACGCUGUUUUCACUAGAUCAUAAGCUCUACGCUUCUGAUUAAGACUCCGACUGCGACUUCGUCGCUAGUGAAAAGCCGCCUUUAGAGUCCGUUGAGUUGGUUGUAAACUGAAGAGAUGAAAAAUAAAUUAAAUGAACUCUAGAAAAGUGCAAUUCCAGGUACGAUGGCGCCGCUGACUGAUUUAACGAUAUUCAUGGAUGUAAUAAUAAACAAUGACCAGAAACUUCAAAUACAUAAUCAUAUUAAGAGAAAGGUCUUCAUGGAAAGAUUUCAAAACAAAUACUUUUAAUGACACUUGAUUUUCUUACUUCGAUUUUCUUGGCACACCGAUUUCUCUGCUUCCCAGUCUUAAUGAAAUUAUAGAGGUUCAAUUUCUUCUUUUUCAGAUCACCGAACUGAUAUUUACAGCAAACUGAACGAUCAGGAUAUUGCUGAUCUUCGUGCCUAUGUCUCCAAACCGGUUCUUUCAAAGGUCUGCAUUUGAACCACUUAUCUGCCUUGUGUAGCCCUGUAGAAAAUAAAAUUAGACGUUCAAUUAAACUUCGAUAAGAUUUCAUUUAUUUCUGUUGUAAGCUAACGUAAAUGAGAAAGUAAAAGCAAAAAGAAAAAGAAAUAAAUGAGAGUAAAAAUUCUUGUGCAAUGGUGCCUUAUGGCAAUUUAAUCACCCCAGCAAAUGUGCUGGCCCUUGCGCAUGCGUACAUUACAUCCGCGUCCCGCUCUCCAGGUUUUGGUGACAAAAACCGUUGCUUAGUCUGUACCAAUGAUGACUAUAAUCUCUGUUUCAUGAUCCUGCAUUGUAGAUCGACCAUGACCAGGACCUACAAUGGUUGUCAGAAAUGCGUCAAGUUUCUGUGCUAUUUAUAAAUAUGGUGCUGCCCACCAAACAAAGUUCCCAUUCCUGGGCUUUACAAAAGGCUUUUGAGGUUAUUCAUGAAAGUGCAAGGAGACUGAGAGGUAAGGUUUACAACGGAGAUAUUUAGACAACAGUACGUUAACGUUUUUAAAGAAGAGGCGAAGCUUAUUUGGUGGGAAAUUAGUUAACGAAUGAGGGAAAAGAAGUUAGAAAAUGGAGAUGCGAUUAUAAAAGCUUACUGCUUUGGAAACUCCAUGGAAAUAUUUUACAAUUGGGAAGCCCUAUUUAAUUAGUGAGAAAAGAAGAGGACACCGAUUAUGGUUUGCACUUAUGUAUAGUGAUUUGGUAAGCACUGUUUUACAAUGAUUAGCUUUUAUUUACUGUUUUGGAAACUCUAUCGAAAUAUUAUAUAAUUUCUCCGACUUGCUAGGUCUUGCUACUACUCAUUUGAUGCUGGGCAUUGGCUGAAUAAGAGAUAAAUAUAGUAAAGCGGAGUUAAAGGCUUUCUACCUUUCCUUACUCUGGUCCUUUUUAAAAUCAAGAAUCCAAAUUAAACUUUUCCAGACACUAUAGAUCAUGAGUAUUUACCCAAUUGUUUUCCCUUAUGACAUAUUUCCUAAUUGAUUCUUGUAUUUUACAAUGGCAGGUAAUCUGAACAAAGUCUUUUCCUUUGAUAAGGUAUGAGUUAUAAUGUCAUUUUGUUCGUAUAUCAGAUGUCACUCGGCACGUGCAAUUAUAUGCUUGUACGAUAUUUGCAGCAAUGCAAUUCCAGGGACGGCGGAACAUUUUUUUCAAGUUGGGAGCUGACAAGCGACUUAAAGUGGGAAGGCUUAGGGGACCCUCCACCUAGUAAGUCUUUAUUUUUUGGGUAAAAAUAGGGGGUCUUAAAAUGGGGUCGCUACAGCUCCCCCAGACAUCGCCGUCUCAGAAUGCAAACACCAUUUAACGAAAUUUUAAGGAUUUGACCAAGUAGUAGCCUGCGAAUCGGAUGUAGAGAAGCGAUAACCGGAAAUACAUCUAUGUUCCCAUUCUAGCUAAGUGCUUGGUCCUUAAGUUUACUUAAGUUUAUGAUUUUAGAAUGUCUGUACAUUUUUGUAAUAGUAUCGACGAUGAUGAUGAUAAUAAUGAUAAUAAUAAUAAUAAUAAUAAUAACAAAAUACAAAUAAUAUAUAUUAAUAACCCUAUGGGAGUGCUCAAUACAUAAAUUAUGCAGAGCGCAAUACAAAUAAGUCUUUGUAAUGGUUAUUUCCGACGAAAUUGAAACCGCGACGAUCGCUACUUACCCUGGUAUUGAUGAAGCGACCAUCGUAGAGAUUAGAACGACUUUUGUAUCGCCAUUCCAAUCAAGUUUGACCACGUCAGUAGUCGUGAAAUGACGGCAAAUAAAUCUGCCAAAAAGUGUGCAGAGCGUUCAGAGUUUUUGUUUUGCUAACUACACCUGUUGCCUGUUUACUAUCUCGUGUAAGUCGUCGUUUUGGUCGCGCUGAGCUCGCCGUUAACGUCACCACGUAAAAUAAUUCUUGAUAUGCGACGGUUUUUCCUGAAAAACGACGACUUGAUGGAAAACGUGCGACGAAAUCGACCUUCCGCAGGUACUCCUACAGAGGAUGACAAAUGCAGAGCGUGAAAAGUUGUAACUCGGAGCUUCACGCACUAAACGAUCAUCAGACUAAAUAAUAUAUAUCAGCACGAAGGGUGAUUGGCUCUUUCCUGGGCAUUUUACAGUCAUGGCCUUUCGCAUACUUUCUACCACUACCGAAAAUUGUGGCGCAUCGGCUGCCCCAAAUACGGUAGUUUCGACUGCGCAUCCGUUUAUAAUGUUCCUUUUCAAGAAUUCUGUUGUUUGGUGGCAAGGCGUAGCUGAGACCUUGCUGCGUGUUUGCCAUAUUAAACUGCUGCCCAAUUACAUAGUACUUUAGUGCAUCAAUAGCGAAUCAGUAGCAUGACUAAAUAGCGAAUAGUGUGUCCUAGAUUGCUGUCAGAACCUCAAAAAUUGAACUACAAAACAGUUUGCAAGUCUAUCUUCUCUCUCAGAGAACAGCAGUUCUUAUUGAGUGGAUAAAAUUCAUUUUCAAAACUUAAAAUCCAUAAAUUUCGUUAUUUGCAAGCAUUUUCUGACGCAGGUGCUACGAGCAUUUUUCUGAAGACUAAAAAGCAGUAAGUGACGACACAUGCAAGUACCUGGAAAAUAUUACCAUGGUAGUAAUUGAAUUGCCACAUUUUCCGAUUGUUUGACAGGGUUGCACAUUUAUUGUUAUAUUUGGCUUACCUGGGGAUAAGCACGAGGACGAUCCUGCACGAUCACUAAAAGCUGGCCAUCGGAUAAUGGACGCACUACAUCAGAUCAUGGAGAUCACGUGAGUGUCACGACAAAUUGAUACUAAGUAACCCUGAAUUCACGGUGAUGUAAUGAACCAUGUAACAGGGUUGAAUCCUCGACAGGAAUAGACCUUUGAACUUCUGUGAGAUGAUCUUACGACUUCUUCGAACAACUGACUUACGUACGUGGCGAGCCCGGGGGGGUGGCGAGCCGCAAUGCUAUAAGGAUUUUUUUAAUGUGACAUGCGCUGUUAGUGCCAGGUAGAAAAAGCCAUUGAAAACUUAAUCUCUCCAUCUCUCUCUGUCUUGGGAAAACAUCUCCAGAGUUAUCAUUAAGACAAAAUCGAAUCCAAAACAGCCGCAAACACGAUGGAUUCUGUGAGCAACUGAUCAGCGAUUUUACAGAAAGGUCAAAAUCACAUUGACUUAGAAAACCGUAAACACAUUCUUGUUAAAAUCACAUCAUUGACUCAAUAAACCUUAAAAAAGGUGUUAACCUGUAAAUACAUUCUUGUUAAUUGCUUUUAGAAACGAAUCUAUUGGUGUAACAACUGGCCGAGCCUUCUGUGGUGUAGUAGGUCAUCGAGACCGACACGAGUAUACAGGUAACAGUCAAGUUCAUAUACCGCUUACUGAUAUCGUUUGUCUGGUCCAUACCUUAAAUUACGUAAUAUGUAGUCACUGCACUAAAGUGACAACACAAGGCACACGGGCCAUUAAUCCAAAGGAAUUAAUUAAAGAGGUAGUACUAGACUGCUAAGACAGUGUUAUAAUAACUAACGGUAGCAAACGGGCCGUGCCUUUGCGAAAUGAUUUCUGGUAAUUUGCUUGUGAAAUGAAAUUUCCAUAAAACUCAAAACUUCUUGAGAAAUCCUGGAAAGGUAAACGGGCCUUUUUAAAAAAGACUCUCGGGAAUUAUAAGCAAUUCUCGUAAAGUUUCUGAAAUCCCCUACGAGAAUUUAACACUCUUUCCAGGAAUUUCCUAGUAUUCGUAACACGGCACUGGUAAAGUAGAAUGCGAAUAAGCAAUUAUCCAAUCUUAGUAAAAUCCAACUAGUGGUCUAUUAUCAAUGCUGCGUUCUGAUUAGUUGAGCUACUACUAGGCUACAUGUUAUAGCCCACUAGUAGCGAAAAGCGCCGGCUUUGAAAACCAAAACAAUGGCGGCUGAAUCGCGUUUUGCUAGCUAAAGUUGUUUUGUCUCGAUAUUUUUGACCAACUAGUUGGAUUUUACUAAAACAAUUAUUCCUCUCGCCCUCAUGGCCUCUGAGUUAAUAGCCCAUUCGGCCUUCAGCCUCAUGGGCUAUUGACUCAGAGCCCAUUCGGGCUCGAGGAAUAAUUGUUAAAUAGACAGAGUAGUACAUAAGGUUAAUAAUUUUGGUAGUGUGUGGAAAGGGGACUAUGAGAACCUUUGUCUAUUUUCCAUGUCGAUGUUGAGCAGAGUCGGUAAUUUUUGUUCCGAUAUUUUGACAGUUAUUGGACGGAAAGUAAACAUGGCGGCCAGGCUGAUGGUGAAUUACCCAGAAGUGCUGUCUUGUGACGAUGACACCUACAGAUCUGGCAAGUCCAAGUUGAAGAAGGAGGAUUUCGUCACGCUGCCUUUUGUAAAACUGAAAGGUAUCGCUGAACCAGGAACAGUGAGAGAAUAUAACAGACACCAUGAGUAAGUACUAUAUUCAUAACAGCUUUCUUGAAGGAUCUUAUCCCCCAGUGAAAUAUGCUAUAACUAUGAUUCUUAUAUAGCUGGAAAUUUUUUCCCAACCGCGCGUGCUCUCAUUGCUUUCUGCGAAAUCACAUGACAUCUAACAAUGAAAAUGUUUCCCGCCAAAAUCUUUGAGCAGGCAACCAAAAUCUAUGACGUCAGAGGGUAACAGUGCACCGUUACCCGCGAAUGUUGACCGACGACUGCCGUUACAGCGAGGUUUAAUGAAUUUCCAGCUUCAAAAUUUCCAGCUAUAUAACAAAUCACUUAAUGACUGGUCCUGGAAACGGUUAAUUUUGUCCCAGUCAUUAUGUGUUUAUUAUUAUCAUUAUUGCUAUUCCGUAAUAUAUUCAUGACGCGUUUUUCUGACCGUACUCCGAAAUUUGAGGUCAAUUCUGAGCUUAGUUAGUGCGUUUACCCCUUACACGAAAUGCCCCUGUAGAGCCAUGAACAGACAUAGCAUUGAAACUUGAAAAAGAUGGCCCAGCUUCCUCAAGUUUAAAUUCAUUUCCAUCCCAACAAUUCCGCUGCACCAGACGACAAGAAACACUUUCAAUGGCUAAAUAUAGUCUUAAAUAACAAAACUGGGCCAUUAUUAUUAAAAUUCUAUUGAUGCCAAGACAAGUUCUAGCUGUUUAAAAAGAUGGAAAAUAGCUUGAAAUAGCUCACUCAGAAAGACUAAGGGUGCAUUCGAUUGACCUUAUUCCGGAAUAAGUCAUAACUCCCUGACUUUUAACUUAAAAACAGUACCGAUUCCCAUAGUGCCAGUCUUGGAGGAUUAGACUGAAUACAGUGAUUAUACACUCAUGAGUUGUUUGAAUGAAACCAAUUAUUUAUUUACUUAAAAAUUAGGUUCGCCAACUACUGGCAGGGUCACCGCAAUCGCGCGUGGCGCCAGUUACUGCGGGGCCGUAGUAGUCCCUCCCUCCAUGCGAGAUAGACCACCACACCAGGGUCUACGUUUCCUACUCUUUGCAAACAGUGAGUGGGUUCUUUAACAUACCACAGAGUUUACAUGUAAACAGUUGUGAGACGAGGCCUACGGUUUGCACUGUAUCUUCCUUUUACGAGAAGUCUAGAAAGUCUAACCGUCUUUUUACAAAGGCAUAACUUUCGCCUCAAUUAUUUUAAAACCCUGAGUGUUGGUCCGGCGCUGCCGGGGUUUGAACAAGUUUCAUCCCGCUCCGCCGACCGCACCGGCGCUAAUCCAAACUGGGCUGCAGUAGAUCAAUAGUAGUGUUCAAUUAACAGACAGGCUAACGAGUUGGCUAAAAAGUAUUGUAAAAAGUCCCAAACACAAAGAGUGGUAUUAUCGGAUGUCACCAAAAAACCUGAAAAUGUGGAUCUGUUCAUUUUCCCAAUAAUCCUCAUAUUGUCGAUAAUUCGAUUAUAUCUAUUCGAUUGAAUGACUGAGAAAAUGUGACUUAAAGUUAAGCAUUUUAAUAUCAGGAAUAUGAAAAACCUGUGAAAUUUUCCGGCUCAUAUUUUUUUAGUUUCUUUGAACACGUUCUCUGUUUUUUUUUCACAGCCGCGAAGAGGAAGAGGAGGAAUAUGAGUAUCCUAUCCUUGGUGAGCUGUAAACUGGACGAAGUUUUGCCAUCGAUCGGCAUCGUUUUUUUCCUUCUCGCAAGAGGAGAACGUGUAUAAGCUUUCUUGUACAAAGGAAUGUACCUCUGAGUGAUGCUAUGAUACUAGAGAAGAUUGUCACACAAUAUAGUCUCACCAUUUAUUACCUUAAGAAUAUUAUUUGUAAUCUUUGAUUGUUCAGAAACGUACACCUGUGAAUCCUUUAUGAACUUGUUUGCCAUUGUUCGCUUCCGUUUACAUUGCAGGGUGAGAGCAAUCAGCUUGUGUCUAUUCCUGUCUUAAAUUCAUUCUUAAUUAAUGUAACCAGUAGCGCAACUCUGUGGAAAAGCUACGGAAUGAAUAAAUGUUUGAUUUCUUUUAGGAAGAGGAAAAGAAAUUGAUGAAAUGAAGGAGUUGCUUCAUGCCAUUAAAUGUGACAAUACUCGUGUGAGUGGCAACAGGCGAGUUGUGGUGAUUGAAGGAGAAGGAGGAAUUGGUAAAACAAGAGUUAUGGAAGCACUUAUGGAUACCGCUGAGGAUGAAGAAUUCAAGUAAGGCACAACAGUCGAAAUUUGCCUUCAAAUUUUAAACUGUGCUUUCUUGAAUGAGCUGUGUCGCGAAAAUAAUUGAAUUGAUACAGUGGGAACUGCAACCAAAAAUUGAAUGAAACAUAAAAAUAACCACUAAAAACGUUGAAAGAAUGUAUUAAUAACGCAGCAAAAGUAAAAGGAGGUAUACUAAGAAGAUUGAAACGGAUCGCAAUUGUGGUUUUUGAAAGCUUGUUACCUUAACAGUUUUUCAAAAUUAAUUUUUGUUGAUUGUGAAGUUUGAUACAAUGCUUGGGACGUAUAUUUGCCUGACACAAAGCUGCGAUCUUGCCAUUCACAAGUAAUAUCUUGAUUUUAAUAAGGACGUGCAAUUGGUAUUAUGAACAACAUAAACUGACACAGCCACGUUAACACAUUUGGAAAGCUUGGUGACCAAGCCUUCAGUUAGUUAUAUUUGGUGGCUGCACGUUUUGUAUUUGCCUAACAAAGACGAGGGCAGCCCUCCAUCUGAGGAGAGUCAUGCAAGCUUAAUUUACGCGAUCCAAAUCUUCGUUAGUGUCAAUCAGUUAGUAACCAUUAGCCAAAAACUUUUUUUUUUCAAAUGCUAGGUAAUUAAAAUAAAUUUGUUCCAUUUAAGGCGUUGUUAGAGGAGACGAUUUGCAGGGCAACAGUUAAUGCUGGAAUAAUGUUGAAACAAUUCGUAACAAUGCUAUGUCUCGCUGAAUAUCUUUCCUUGAAACAGCUCGUUUAUGCUCUUAGAUGCAUUUGAAGCAGAUUAUAAAUCUUCCACGUAUCGUAUACGUGUUACCUACGAAAACAGGGUCAAACUUUUCACGUUCUGUUUCCUCAGGGUAGAUUACGUGGAGGCUGAUAUGGCGCAUGCGCACACGCCGUACCAUGUAGUACAGACUCUUAUAACCAAUUUACUGGAACUGGAUACGUGCCGAACAGCUUCAGAGAAAGAGCGUGCGCUCUUGGAGCAUAUCACUGACCUUAAACUGCGACAAAAGAUGUUUCUGUUAAAUGACUUGCUUGGCACACAUGUAAGUACAGCCGUAACAGCGUUGGGAAUAUUUAUUCCAGAAAGAGAGUAUGCAGAAAAUUUUUUAGGAUUUGUGGUAUUUAACACGUUUGAACAUUGUCAUUACUUUGGUGUGUUUGUAAUAUAAUAGUACUAAUUCAAUUGGGUCUCACUGUAAUUAAGUGGUGUUUAGUGCGAUUUAAUGAUGUUAGCCCCGGAAGAGGUUUACUUAAAGAAAAGGACUGCUGUCUCUCUCGAAACUAGGACAUAUGCAAAAGGAAGAGCGGGGAGGGUUAUAUCUUUGGGAAUAGGCAUUGUUUGCAUAUCAUUCCGAGCUCAUUUGCUCAGGACUUCAUGUUUUAUCUGCAGUGUUCCGCACGUUUUUGGACUUAUUUUCGUUUCAGAUAAUCCCGAAUCCCGAUUUUGCUCAUUUGGACUCAGAUAAGAUUACUCAACAUUUCCACAUGCUUUUGUUUGACAUUGUUCACCAGGUAGGUGUCUCAAGGUUUUAGAAUAUACAUUCACUCUAUUUCCUUCCCUUCUGUUGCCGUUCUCGCCUUGGGCGUACGUCAUCUUACAUCGUACUUCCACACCUAGCACGUUACGAACUAAACUGACUUCACUAUCGUGUUCGCGUUCCAUUCUAUGACCGUUCCGUUGUUUUAAUGACAACUAUGCUGAAGCCUCUGAUUCACUUGGCCUCAAGACUCAGGCUGAUAACAGCUUGGUAAAGCAUCUUUCGUGAGUGAUUCAGGAUUCUUUCUCAAUUAUAAGGUUCUUUCUCGACGUCUCAAUUUGUAAAAUUGUACUGAUUUAGUAAAAGAUUUCAUUCUUUUAAAAGAAUCUGUACCCACAUAUUUUUCAGUUUGCUGUCAGACAACCGUGCUUGUUCGCUGUGGACAAUGCGCAGUUUAUCGAUCAGGAAUCACGGGAUUUUUUAGAAGACUUGUCCAAAGACUCUCACGCGAUUUUGGUAUUAGCUCUCAGGCCUUUCUCAUCCUCAAACCCACCUUACGAGGCAGCUACCAGGCUGAUUCGACAUGACGUGACCAAGAAAAUCAAAUUAGGUCAUAUAAGGUUAAUUAUCUCUCGUACGGAUUAACCUAAGCUCAUUAAUUGACUGUCCAUAUUGAAGUUGUCCACGAGUCUGUGUCGAAUUGUACCGAAUGCUUAAGGGACGUUAUUGCUUCUUCAAAAGAGCCUUUUCACAUGACGUCACGGCAGCUAUAUUGGAGUUCCAAAACAAUGAAACGGAGGCCAUAUCGUUGUUUUAAACCAAUCCUUUGAAAGUUAAACACUUUUCUUAUGUAAACGCUUUUUUUUCCCAAUAAAUUUUCACAGAUGCUGGACACGUUAUAAGAUAAUCAGGGCAAAAUGUAAUGUACUUUUCCAUUGGCUGUAAAUGCUAUUAAUAUUUCUUUAUUUGAUACUUAGUGAUCAGCAUUUCACAAAUCGAUUUCGAUUUCGUUCGAUCGUUACAUCUGACAAACGUAAUCUUGUAUGAUCUAUAGGAGGCCUGUCGCCCCAUGUUAUGAGUGACCUGACAUGUCAGUUUAUGGACGUCAUGUUCAUUCCCAAUGAACUGGACGAGAUUAUUCGGCUGAAAAGCCACGGUAUAGCUUCAUGGUGUGAACAGCUCAUCAAAGACAUGCUAGGGAGCGAGGUUAUUCAAAUUGUCGAUGAGGACCAAGCCUUCCCGAAAAAGGAAUCUUCUUUCGAUUUUCUAUCGCUUGAUGCUUCUACAACGAGCCUUGCUUUUAAAAAACACAAGGAGCUGUCUGAUCUCUCUCGCCCAAGGACUCCGUUUUAUAGCGAAAGUAGUCAGUUACAAGCUGGUAGUCCAGAUCCCAGACGAAUGACUCUCGCUGUGAGCAGAGGAAUUACACCGAGUCUCUUUGGUGGUGGUUACCAAGAAUCUGGUGGCUCCUCUGCAACCUGGCGAAAGGAAAGGCGGAAAUCAACUGGUUCCACUAAGAGCAUCCACUUUAACUUGGAGGGCCUUGAAAGUAAAACGAAAAUGAAUGAUUCAGAAGUUGAUUCCAGUAGAGGUUCUCGACGUAUCAGCCUUCUCUCUGAAGAAGAAUUACCACAAGAGAAACCAAAGUUCAAUUUGGAUCUUGCAAAUUUCGUGCCUGCAUCAGAAAAUUCAAUGCCUUUGGACACCAAGAAAGUGUGUAUUAUUAAUCCAGGUGUUGACAUUUCCAAAGUGGUCGUUCCAGAAUCUGUUAAAGACAUGGUCCUGGCUCGCAUCGACAGAAUGAUGCCUUUAGAACAAGUGACUUUAAAAUGCGCCAGUAUUUUGGGUACUGAAUUUCAUAGAAACGUGCUUCAGGCAAUUCUACCUGGGUCUUGUCGAAGAACUUUCGAUUUGGUGCUUUACAACCUUGCUAAGGAAUCGAUCGUAGAGUGUGCCAGUUUGGCAGCCCAACAUCAAAAUGCUCACAACCAUCAUGGAUUCUACGACUUCAAUGAUCCUGUACACGCUCACCAACACACACAUCACCAUCAUCAUCACCAUCACCACAGUGUUGCGAGCUCAAUCCAUGGUUCCGUUUUCUGUGGCUGUUAUGCGGACGAGAUGACCAAAGUAAUAAACUUAUCCAGACUCAUGACUCCAAGUGGACCGAAGAAGCACUGUUUACAUCUGAAAUUUGUAAACACGUACGUCCAAGAGACAUCGUAUUCGCUCUGGCUUGAAGAUCAGAGAAGAGAAUUGCACGAAAAAGCAGCAAUGUUUCUUGAGUCGCAGGCUCACAAGUGUAAAUCUUGUGGGGGAGGUGGAUUUGUCGCUAAGCAAGUUGAUACUCACGAGGCACAGGGUUCCCAGGGUCAGAAAAGGGCUAGCGGUAAGUGCGACAAUGGCACAUAGCUUCAUUUUCUUUUAACUGUAUGAAUGGUUAUUCUUACCAAAACGGUUUUUUUAAACUAAAUUUCUUCUCGGUUUUUUAAGUAAACUGUUAACGCGACCAUCGAUGGAAAUCUCGCUUACGUUUGAAUAUUCUGUAAAAAAAAAGAAAUUAAAAAAACUCGGAAAAGAUAAUGUUAAAUAAGAUAAGCGGUACUUGUUGGUACAUUUUGAAGUAGUUAAUAAGAGACCAUUUCAGGUACAUCUGGCAGAUCCACAGCACAAUUUUCAUCCAAGAUGACCAAGCAAAGGAAAACAAUGGAAAUGAGAGAGAAGGUGCAAAGUCAGGGAGCAUUUUCUUCACGUGCGCAUGAGCGAUCAGCCGAAAUCGCAGGAACAAGCAGUUUAUUGGGGGUUUGUAGACUUUAUUCCUCAAUUCAAAUUACCAGGCAUUCACUCAUAUCAAAAUGAAUACAAGAAAGAUAAAUAAUGCGGAGUAGGUUAUAUAGUCCUCUUACUUUCAGUUCGGUCAAACAUCCUUAAUGGAAAAUAAUCUAAAUUCUCAUAAAUUACAGAACAACACUUGGAAAACUACAAGGCCAGCUUAAUGUGAUAAGGGUAGUUGAGAAUGCCCGUAUUUAUCAUAUUUUCACUGAUCCAUGUCUUAUAAUUACCUUCUGAUCCUUUUCGAUAGCCACUUGAGCUUGGUCGAGACCACCUCUUAUAGCACGAACUUUAUCAAGAAGGUACGAUGAACAGUUUAUCGUAACCAAAUUCGAUCCAAAUACGGUGAUGGUUUUCUAUGUAGGUACAUUUAUCCGUGAGAUGUGCACGUCAUGCCGCACGAGGGGACUGGAAACCAAUACAAAGAUACAAAGGGCGCAAAACUGAUAAAUGAAUUAUAUAGUUUUCGGAGUUUUGAACAGUGAAUUAUGGGUACAGCGAAAUUGGCCAAAGUAAGUCAAUUCUAAGGAUUUUCCUUCAACUCUAAUUCCCCGUCCGAAGCUUGAUCUGUUAUAUCAAUCAAUCGUUUUCAUUUGCCCUGAGCACAACUACUGAAACAAACAUUUGAAAAAAAAAUCCUCUCUUCCAUGUAAUUAUUUUGUAGUAAGGUUAAAUAAAAGUAUAAUGAUAUUGGUGAAUUCGCGAUCGGGCGAGAUAAAGUAAUCCUGUGUUUUGAUUGGCUACCUGAGCGCGCAAGAUGGGCCCAUCCUGCCCCCUCGGAAUUUCCAGCGCUUGUCCCGUAAGGAAAGGUUCUCUUUUAGGCCAUAUAAUCAAUCCUUUAUAUAUUGACAAAUCUUGUUUGGUUAAGAUAACUGGAUAGAGGCAUCGCUCUUUGUUGGAGUCUUUUUUAAUCAACAAAAACGCAAAAAAAGAAUUUGGCUAAUAUCCAGCCAUUCUGACCUCACGCUUAUUCCACGAAUGCGCGUUGGAUAGGAGUUGGCUAUAAUCAUCUCAUAUCCAAAAAGCACGAGUGAAAUAAUUGUUUUAUUAAAAACGCCAACAAAAUAUCGAGAAUUCUUCCCAACUUUAUUUGUAAAAACAACCGACUUUCUGCUUCUUUUUAAUUUAAAGCAGACGCGUACAGUUACCAUAUUUGGAGAGCAUGGUAUAAUGGCUCAUAUACCAUGAUGGCUAAGCCAAUCAAAGCUCUAGAAUUACAUUAUCCAAUGAUUCACUUUUUAAUAAAUGUAGAUAGACAAGCAGGUUGUUUGGAGUUAAGUCACAAUCUUAUUUGUUAUUUCUUAAGAGAAGAGAGAGACGACAAUCUCCAGUGGUAAAGCAAACAGCGGCAGUUGCUGCUAAAACAGGCAUUGGAAGAGCUUUUGCCAAUUCAUUCGGGUUCGUCAACAAUGCAGUUGUUGGACAAGCAGUGGAUGACCGCAGAUCCAGCUGGCUCCGCAGAUUGAGCUUCCAUCGUAAAACUGUGGACCCCGAGGAAGAAUCGGUUUAUGAAACGGAUAACGCGACUGGAAAGAAAAAGCUGAGGAAGUUUUCCAUGCGGAAAAAGUCGAACUGGUCUGAAAAAGGUAGAAUAUUUGAUUAUUUGGACUUCUUUAUUUCGUAACCCGUAGAAAGGCAGGGUUUUGAAUUAAAGCGUUACUUUUAGAUUUAUCAUCAUUCCACUGUAGCAAAUAUAGUAUAGGGAAAACCUUUUUUUCAGUAAAAAUCUAUUCUCAAGUGUCAGAAAUUGCUACUUUGGUUUUUUCUGAUUUUAAGCAAAAUUAUCGAAGGACCUUCUUGCGGAGUUUCCGCAUCACGAUCGCUGAUCACUAAAGCUUUGUUUCGAUUUUUCAGGCGAUCAUGUCUCCAGACCUCCAUCUACAUCUUUGAUAGAAGAGGAAGAAGACAUUGAUGAGUGUGAAGAAUACCUUAACCUAGGGGAUCCUGGCGAAAAACAAAAAUUAACCUUUGACCUCAGUAACUGUCAAUGUGCAGAGGUGCUUGCCUCAGUCUUCCCUCAACUUGUCGAUCAUUGGCGCGCAGCAGGAAACAAACUUAAGACGGUGCGCUAUUUAACCGAGUCCGGCGCCGCAGCAUUGGCCACUUCCGCUAACAUGCGGGCACUCUCAUAUCUGAACGAGGUUCAGUCCAUCAUAGAGGAGUCGACUAAAAAGGAAGAGCAACUCUUGGCUACUAUAGAAGAACGUGCGCGAGUUGAAAGUCUUAUUGGACAGGUCAGAGCAAAUACAUGUAUCUUUCCAUAAUACCCUGACUUGAAGCUGAACAAUAACAACAGCAAUUUCUUCAAUAGCUAGCUAGUGCCACUAUACAGCUUUCAGAUGAAUGGGUACAUUGUCGAUCUCAUCCGGUAACUUCAUUGUCAUAACAUUAGUACGUAUAGCGCAAUACAUUUUACAAGAUAUAUAUUCAAAAUCAUGAUACGAAAUACAUUUAUUUGUUUGUCGGGGUAAUAAGCUUGGUUCUAGACUUGAUUAUAUGAGAAAAGAUUCAAUCUGAUUCCCAAAUUAAGCAUGGCAAAAUCAUUUAUUUUCAAACGUCCUCAGGGAUCAAAUUAAUUGUCUAGCAACUAAAUUACUAGCUCAGUGAGUUCCUAUUGUUAUGAGGAUCAGAAUUAUUUUUAGUUUAUCCGUCAUGCAGUUCCAGACUUUUCUAGAAUUAUCUUAUAAUCUGUAAUAUUCCAGAAAUAUCUGUAAUGUGACUCAGCAGUUUCCACAAAUAGUAGAUGUUGUAAUACACUAUAAAUAGCAACGGAACGUUCUAGAUGCUUGAAGAAAAGGUAUAAAAGCAGGCUUCCAAGUAACAGAUGUCUCUGUGUGUGAGUGCCCGAGGGCUUUCCCUCGUGGCUAGCUGUGAUUGAACUUAUCAGCUAUAGAUGCUAUGCUGUGAGAAAGCUAUAAUCAACUGCGAUAACUAUGGAGGAGCUAUAACCUUUGACAUUGCUCUAUCUGGAAAGAAGAAAGAGACGAUAGCAGAAAAGAGAAGAAGAUAAAAGAGUUCAUGAUGAAGUUCCCCGUACGAGUUUGUGAACACAGAAAAGCCAACGAGUGGAAAGGAUCCAGUGAAUCAAGAAAGUCAAGCAUUUUUGUCUCAAGUCAGUGGAAUUGGGAGUUGUUCCUGUAUGGCCAUGAAAGACAGUAAGCCUGCCUGCUUUACGAACUGCUUAACUUAAUCUUUAACCUAAGUAACUAUAACAGUGUAUAACUAAAUAAACAAUGGUUAAAAAAGGGUAACUGCUCGUUAUCACACUUUUGUUCCGUGCCUUAUAUCGUACUCGGGAGUUCUUUUCACUUAUGCCUCGUUCGCGGACAUCUCUUGGUUAUUCCGGCACGUAACACUAUUCUCACAUUCUAGAUAAAAAGAGGCCGAAUCAAGGCGUCGUUACUUAAAUAUUUGACACGUUUUUUACUAAAUGAUUAGGUGGAAGUUCAACAACAACAGCAACAACAACAACAACAACAACAACAAGCAGUCCAAGCAAAGAUGAAUUUUACACAAAUACAGUCCAACCCCAUUUUACGGACACCUCGUUAUUAAGGACAGUUUUCUUUGUCCUUGGAGAACACUCUUACAUUUUCUCCUAAUUCAACCCCCGCUUGAUACGAACACUCGUUAAUUCGGACAACAGACACUUGUUUCUUGCCCAAUCUAUCGAUCAACAACCAACCUCGCUAACGCAAACGCUUCAUUAUAAAAUGUGUGCGUAAUCGACCUUUCCCUUUUGUAGAAAAGUCUUCAUUUCACAGCGUGUCGAUAUUCCCAGCGCUAAUUUGCACCGGAUAAGAUGAUUUUUAGACUUCAAUUCCAGACUAGUUUUGGUAUCAAACGGUUCAGCAGAGAACGGUUUUGGUGAGCGACUUUUGAGUGUCUUCGUGGAUUCAAGCCGCGAAAUGAUGGCUUUGUGAAGGUUAAGAGAUGUUCAAUUUGACGAUGCUCGUGUCCUUAAUUGUGUUUUGUCACAAGUUAUGUGAUACAACUUGUUCUAUUUAGCAUUUAAUUCUACACUCCCUCGAAAGUCUAUUUCUUCACAUGUUCAUAAUUUAGAAUUCUGUACUCUGUUCUACACUUCAAGAAUUCAUCGAUAUCAAUUGGCGUAAAAAUUUCGAUGAUCUAGCUACACUCAAUCUACACUCUCGAUCAGUUCCACGACUCGGAACGACUACAUAGUUCCAAGACCCUCGUGCAAAGUUCAGUUCUCAGAUCAGGUGAUGAGUUUUCCCGUUACAAUGACGCAAUAAUUUCCUAACAUGUUUUAUUACUUUAGUAUUUUAGGCAUUUUUUGAAAUGCAAGGUGUUUUUUACUUUAAUAACAUGACGCACUUAACUCCGACACCCCGUUAAUGCAGACACUUCAUAUGGCCCCCAGUGUCCGUAUUAAGAGGCUUUGACUAGAUUAUAUUGUAAAUAAUAAAUCCGGCAGAUAUGCAUGAAUAUCUCUCAAGAUUCUCUUAAAAUGCUUAGUUCUUGCCAAGUCUGUGUUUCUUGUAAAUGCUCUUUUUUUCUGAUAUAAGGCAUUGGCUCACAUGAAUCGUCUCCACGAAGCAUUGGCUCACCUGCUUUCAGGGCUAAGCAUCUUGGGAAAGAAUCAGCCAAGGUCCGACUUCGGAUGCUACAUGAUGAUCUUAAAAGAAUCGUUGCGUCAUUAUUUGCACGUGUUUUUGCCAGGUUACUACAUUGGAGAGGCGGGGUACGUAUCAUUAAGUAUUCAACUGUCAACUGUCCUUUUCAUUUAUAGCUAGCGAUGUAGGGAAUAAGCCACCGUUAUAUAUUAGAAACCCCAAUAAUCUUAAAGUGUUCAAAAAGGCCAUACAAAAUUUUAAAUUGGGAUCUUUAUACUAGUUUUUGUCUUGCAUAUGUAAUUAUUUUAUUUUUAUCACUGUUACUAUUUUUAAUCUUCUUUGACCUUUUUCUCUCACAGUUUGGGACCUUUUCCUGAAUGUUCUUAUAAAUUUUGGCUCUUUUAAACAGUUUUCCAAUUAAGUUUUUACUGUAGUCUUAUAUAUCACAUGUACUUUCGAACGAUUUUUAUUGUAGGCUCUUAGGUGUUACGCGUAUAAAUAAACUACUUACUGGCUUACUUACUUGAGCGUAAGAACAAGUAGGCUGCGGUAUAUUCUUCAGAUUUACUGUUAAAAUGGAACUGAGUAUCUGGAUAAAUGAUCCGAUGGUACAGCAUUUUCCACCAAGUGAUAUCGAACGUCAGUAUUAAAACUGAAACGCCAGUAGUUGCCGCUGCUUCUCUGUUUCGGCUUUACAGUUACCUUCACUGGACUGUUGUAUCUGAAAGUGUUCGAGAUAUCGACAAGUCGUAGCACAUCAACGCCAUGGUCUUGUUUCCUUGCUCUUAUGCCUUAUGUCGGUUCAUUCAAGGUCCCUUAUAACAUUUUAACGUGAAAUAGGACACAGGAGAUAAAAAUAACAUCGAUCCUAGAAGUUGGCCGAGGUCAAUUUUUGCAGCCGCAAGAUGUUGACCGAUUUUUCCAAACGUGUUGCAAUCCUGUAAAAGCGAUUAUGGAAUCCUUCUGUUUUUAUGACUGUGAUCUGUGCGAUGCAGAGUAUGUCGGCUACAAGAGCCGGCAUUUACAUCGACGCAUUGAUGAACACCAUCACUCGGCAAUCGGGAGGCAUUUAUAGAACGUCCACGGCCUGAAAACCAUAGGCGACUUGGGCAGCAACUUUUCUGUACUCAAGAGGUGUAAUGGAAAAUUAGACUGUCUCAUUGGCAAAAUGCUUUUUAUUAAGGAGAAGAAACCACGCCUAAACACACAAUCAGACUCCCCCCGGGCAAAACUGUUUGUUUAACAUAUUUUCAUAUUUUCACAUUUACAUGUGCAAACAUGUUACUUUUCUUCUUUAUUUUGUCACUUUAAACCGUAGGUAUUAAGUCAGUUUUUAGUUUUAUCUUUGUCACUUGAUAACGAUGUCAUAGCGUCAUCGAAAAGUUGUGUGAAACUUUUUUGGCCUAUUUUUGUUCUUAAGUGAUUAUAAGUCAGUGGCCAUUUUCCGCUUACGUUAUCUCUCACUGUUUUAGUCCUUUAGUCCAUUUAUAUAUGUGGUCUUAAUUGUUUCUUUUUCAAGGGAAAACUCAGCUCGACUAAUUGAACAAUCGCGAUGCCUGAGCCAUCUUAGCCACGUGUACCAUUCCCUUCAACAGAACAACAGAUCGCUGAUGGCUGCCCUACAGGAGCUCAACGCUGCUGAAGAAGCCGAAGAAAACCUGCAUGAGGUGUGUUCGGUAGAUGGAAUCUUUUAAAACGGUUUUCGAGGUGCCAGGAGGAUGUUAAAAAUUGACUCAGUUUUACUAAUAUAUUUCCAGAACCGAAGGCUGACUGUUUGAAUUCAAAUCAGUUCACACAGGCAGUUCAGGCAUAGAGAUAAAAAACGUCAUAACCCUAUAAUGGCCAGUAAACAAAACGAGAGUACCAACUCUGGAACAAAUUUUUAGAUUCUGUAUUAAGAGACACCUAGAGGUGUUUUCCAGCGGGUGAUUUUGAUUGAUUGGUUGAGGUGACAGUUGUUGCUAAAAAAGGAGGGACAACAACACUCGAUGAUACCAAAAGAGCUUUACCCUCUUUCGCGUUUUAGUUCGAAUAUAACUCAGGAGCCUUCGGAUUCUGAGAUAGUCAAUCCAAACGUCACAGUAAAGACCAUUCCGAAUAACAAAAGCAGUCUUUUCUCGUAAAUUUGGAUGCACCUCUAUAUGCCAGAAACCACUUUUGACAUCCAUCGUCGAAAAUAUACUUGUACCAGCUAAAGAAUCUAGCGCAUCUCUAGCUAAAGGCAAUUGAAAUCUACCCACAUGAUAAAGUAGGUUUAAAAAUCAACGCAAAAUCUAAAGCAUCCAUCCUUCUUUUGACAAAAACAACUAGAGAGCUCCAUGGGGAGACAGACCCCUGAAUUAUCCCUUUUUCACGCAUUUUCUCCACUUGACGAUCUGUGUUAUUUUCUGGGGAUGCUCGGUAUGGUCUUUGCUUAAAGGAUAUACUAUUCCGUACCAUUACCUAUUACGUUCGGUACAAGGCAUGUUCUACUUAGUUGAAUCCCCGAAGUGCCAGAAAAAUCGCGAGUUGUUCAAACACCCCACAAACUAACUAUCACGCUUACAGAUUUGCUUCUUAGUUCCACUUUGAACAUCUUCAUAUUCAUCGUAUUUUGCAGUUAAUAAGCGCUUACGCUGGAGUCAUUGAGUGUACACAUCUUGUUGGCUGGAGAGGAUGGGGGAAAACGUACGAAGAAAUAGGAAAGAACAGGUAAAUAAUUUUUUGCCAUACAAGAACUUCUCAACCUGAGGAGGCAGCGUGGCCGAGUGGCUACAGCGCUGGACUUAUAAUUCAGAGACCCUGAGUUCAAGUUCCGCCCUGACCGCUACCUGAUCCGCUAUCCCUGAAAAGCAUCAUAAACGGAGGAUAAUGAAGCAUUUAUUACUAUUAUUAUUGUUGUUGUUGUUAUAGCGGAGCAGAAAGGUUGUGUAUUAACAUGAAUAGUAGUACAAUUACCUCUCACAACGAAAACCUUCAGUCACGAACUUCAUUUAUCUCCCCUCAGCUUUAGACUCGAGUGCUAGCACCCGUCUCUUUACCCAGAUAGAUUGUGAUAGCCCUAUUCAGAUGGAUUCAUAUUUUCAUACUCUCCCCAACCCUCAGGUGCGAAGACCCGUCACUUUACUCAGACCCAGAGGACAUGAUAACCGUGGCGCAUCUCUACUGUGUCAGCCUCGCUUUCAGGCUAGCAAUUGGCGGAGUUUCAAUCGCUAUCGCCUCAGGUUUGGUCCUACUUUUAUCCCAGCGAGAUCUUUGUUGGAGCAUAUAGUAUAGACCGACAAGGUGACCUCUUGGAAAAUUAUCUGAAACUCCUCCCUUGAAAGUCGAAAGGUCUGAUAAGUAAUUUAGAGAUAAGUAUAAAAUACAAUUUUCGAAACAGAGAGGAUCUUAUGUUAGUCACAUUGAUCUUAAAGGUGAAUCUGAUGUACAUCAACAGAAACGCCCACUACAAAAUUGCAUGUCAUUUAGCAAGUGACAGGAGUGUAGUUGAUUUGUGAAAUGUUCAAUUUUAGCUCUCUUCACGUGAGGUAGGAGUUUUCACCGUGGAAACAUGUGGCCCUGACCAUGAAUAAUUUUUCUAGCCUUUAUUAGCAGCAUUUUUUGCGGAGGUUCCGCUUCCGGUCAUCUUUUGUGCCUAGUCAUAGGUAACUUCGAUAUCAUAAAAAAAGAAACCAAAUAAAUUUUGCUUAAUCGCAUUAGCAUCUAAUCUUGUUUGUUUCCUUUAGCUAGAUCGUUCAGGCAGGGUCCCGUAUCGAUAUUCAUUAUUCAAGAUGCUUUUCUUUUUUAUGACAGGUCGUUAUGCUCUCGGUAUUGCAAAUCAAGUUCACAACUCACACAUGAAGACAACUUGCAUCCCUCUUCUUGCUCAAAGUCUUCUAGCCACUGCAAAGUAAGUGAAAUCCAGUAAUAAAAGACUGAUGAAAUGUUAAGCCAGGUGGAAAAAAAUCACUUUUAUUUCAUGAAACGGCAAAACGUAACUGUGAUAAACAAUUAGGUCAAAACAACGCAGUGAAGAUGAAUUAAGGUGAGAUUGUUUCCAUUCAUUCAACAGCAAUAAGGUGAUAACUUGGCCCUAGUUAUAUCACAUAUAUCUGCUCAACGUCUGGCCUGUCGGGGAACAAGCCAUUUUACUGAUAAUGAGAGUGCACAUUUUAUCUAUUUCUAAAAAUUUACUUCCAAAUGUUUACUGUCAUGCACCAAUUUAAUUUUUUUUUGUUUUAAUUCUCAGGAUUCCAGAGUGUAUUGAAGUCCUCAAGGAACUGAACUCCGCUGCAUUAGAGUCCAGUGACUCUCACGGUCGCGCGCUUUACAUGUGCUGUUGCUUUGAUCUCAUUCUUGAAGCAGGUUAAGUUAUAUUGUCACAAAAAUUAGAAUGAAUUCUAGCUCCUCUCCUCUAAAACACGUAUUGUAGUCUCGAGAUUGGUUUGUAAGUAACAAUGAGACAUCAGUAAAGCAGUAAACCUAAAAACCUAUGGUUCACCCGGUAAAUAUCCACAUGUACAAAACUGAUGUAUGAAGAUUUUAAUACGUAGAUGAGUUUAUCAUAGAGGUCUCCAUAGUUAUUCAGCUAAUCCAUAACCUUCAUUUACAGGGUCCAAUUUCGCAAAAGUGAUUGGAUUCUACAAUUUUCUCAUACAAACCCCCUAAAUUACCCCACGUUCGCCCAAUAUAAAACUGCAGCCCAUCUGUGUGAAAUAGGAAGUUAUAAUGUCAAGAGGGCAUAUCAAAAUCCAUUAUUUCCAUGGUCUUAUCUCUUUCACGAGGAAGAAAAAAUGCUAUUCUUGGCGGGAUUCCAAUCGAUGACAUCAUACAAGCCUUCUUAGCAUGAGUGGUUACAGAGAAACUUAUGAGUCCGCUUAUGGCUUAGGACAUGCUUGAUAUUAUAAGCGCCCUCUAUGCAGAUUGGAUCAGCAGUGUCGAAUGGAACCUAACAGGUAUAAAAUUUAAGACAUAAGAUAGUGUUAAGCUUGGUAAAAUGAUAAAUGUUUUCCAUUUCCUUCAGGUUGGCAGCUGGAAGAUAUUAGUCAAAUUUUUCAGUUCACAGCAAAGAUGUCUACGGAUCCAGCAUUCGCUUCUGAUCUAGUCCCAAAGUUCUACCUAAAUGCUUCACUUGCACUUUGGUAAGAUUAAAAUUUAAUUUGUUACUUUUUAUCACCUUGUACUCUUCUAAAGUUAUAUCCUUUUAAUUCAUGACAUUGAAAAGGUAGACUUGAUCGGAAUUCGAACCCUGACCACUGAAGUAACCUGAAAUAACCCCACGUCCUAUAGAGUCGAUCUAAUAUUCCCAUUUUACCUAGAUCGUACGGUAAAAAGGGGUGAAAAAAAGUAAAGAAAUGGAAUAAAAUAAGAUAAUAAGAUAAGAGGCGUCCAUAUGUUCUUCUAUCUGUGCUUUAUUUAGAAUCUCGUUUUUUAAGGACCAUUAAAAAGUAGUGUUUCAUUUUUUAACAGGUUCUUCAAAUUUUGUUGUCGUUAUUAUUCUCCCUCAGAAAAGGAAAAAAAAAAACAUGCGUGUUACAGUUUUACAAUUUCUUGAUAGUGUUAUGCACACCUUAAAAAUUAAAAUUUUCCUUGACUUUUUUCGGGUUUAGGCACGCCAGGAGAGAGGACUGGGGAAAUGCCGAUGCAUACUUUGCUACUGCUACUGGUAUGCUGGCUACAAAAAACUUUAAUUCAACGCGUCCAAUCUUGUUAUAUUGCCCUUUGAUAAACUUUUAGAAUAAUAUUUUUGGACAAAAAUGUUUCCACAAGGCUUUCCAAAGACUUCUUUUCACUUGCUUACUUUGCAAAACUGGCUGGUGCUGAUGCUGGCUUGGAAUAAACCUGAAUAGUGUAGAAUUACAGAUCCGUGUCAUCUGGAUUAUUGUUAAAUUAUAAGGACUCCGUUAAUUUCUUCUUUUAUCACAGAGGCGAUUUUUAUGGCUUUUGAUAAUUCCCUUGUUUGCAUUUUUAUUAGGUUAAGCUUAAAAUAUUUUUUAUGAUCACGGGGCUUAUUAUGUAGCUUUAGGUAAAUGUUAAGAGUUUUGUCAAGUACACUGUUUAUGGCUCAGUAAACAGAGGCAAUAGCACCCGAUUGGGAAGUAAUUUUUUUUUAUUGCAGGAAACUAUAUUUAAAGCCAAUGACUGUAGGAUCUCUAAUAUGAUACGUUGCUUCUCUUACUAGCUCUAGAGCCAUUAAAGUUAGAAGUGUUUAUGGCUGUUCACGGGUUUGUGAAGAUCGUGGAGUUUUGGCUGUUGAAGCAACGCCAUAAUAGCAAAAAUAGACAUUAUGAGCACGAGGCUACUAAGGUGAGUUCAUCAAAUGAAUUUCUUGAUAUGCAACCUAAAGAUAAUCGAUAUUAGGUCAGUUUUUCUAAAUUAUCUGCAGGGAAUAACUUUAUGGGUGAAUUAACUAGGUAUCAUCGAAAAAAAGGAACACAACAUCUUUGUUCCUAAUUGCCUCACCAACGGAUUUAAGAUAUAGUCAGCAACUGUCAAAAUACUUAAUUAACGUGCUGAAACCUUUGAUUGACGAAUCUGGACAUAAACCACAGUCGACUGAGAACUUUAUUGACGCCAUCAAGACAAAACAGAUACCUGACGAGCACAAACUAGUGUCUUUUGAUGUGAAAUCAAUGUUCACCAGUAUUCCACUUCAACUGUCUACAGACUACGUUGACAGCGCUACUAAGUUGAACUACCACUACCUACAGACGACAUCAUGGACCUACUCAACUUCUGCCUAACUUCGACGUACUUUCAGUACAACGGCAAACACUUCAAAUAGCUACCAGGGGGCAACUAUGUUUUAGCAGAAAUUUUUAUGCAAAACACCGAGGAACAAGCCGUUGCUACUUAUACGCGAACUAUACCUAUUUGGUUACGCUACGAUGACGACACUUUCACCGCCGUACACACAGAAACAAAAUAUACGAGUUUUACGAACACUUUAACAAACAUCACGCGGACAUGCAGUUUGGCACGAAGAUCCAGGAAAAUUGUAAAAUACCUCUUCUAGACUGCUUGUUCACUCGCGACAACAAAAUAAUACGGCUAGGAGGGACAACUUACAGAAAAGCGACACAUACCGACAGAUUCACUAGAUCGUAUGUCAUCGUACAACCCGACCUCUCUCAAAGGCUACAACUAUACGGACUUUGACGAGACGCGCGCAAUUAGUUUGCGACUCGCCUGACUGCCUACAAGACAAGACUGACUACCUAAACAACGGUUUUACUAAAACAACUAGAGCGAGGACUUUUUUAGACGAAACACUCACAGUAACACUGAUUUCAACACUCAGACCCACGUCAACUCUGGCCCUGUUACGACAGCGACUAUACCGUACGUCUCGAGCAGAGGCACCUGUGAAAGUAUCGCACGUAUACUACAUAAUAACCUAACAACAUACGUGUUGCACAAAAACUUAUAACCACUUUACGACAAGUUCAACUACCUUACUACUGUCAAAGACAAAGACAAACUGGAGGACAGACAGGGAGCAGUAUACACGAUCAAAUGCUGCGAUUGCCAGGUCACUUACGUCGGUGAAACCGGCAGAAAUCUUAGCACACGACCGACCGAACACAAACAAACGACAAGAAAUGGUGAAGACAACAAUCGCUUUGCUGAACACCAUUUACAAAGGAAACAUCAAAUCGACUGUGACUCUGCGAUAUGUAUUACGUAUUCUGACUCACUUUUGAAAGUUCGUUUACUAACUUAGAACAAACGCGACUGAAUCAUAGGAAACAGUUACCAGUUAACACAGACGUAUUGACAGACUCAAGCAAAACUAAUUACGAGAGAAUGACUGGACAACCGACAAUUCGACUAACAAUAAACGACUGUUUAACUGUGACAAACAUGACGACUUAAUUGACUAAGCAGAUCAAUAAUCACAGUUUGAUAUCAUCAACUGACCAACUCACUUUAACUCUGAGGAUGACUACCACACAGGUUGUCGAAACGUCAGUCCCUGUCAACAACAGUCCUAUUCAGGACUACUUUCACCCGGACGAUCAUACUCAACCUACUUAUGAUAAGUCACUCUGUGGAGUCAAUCCCGUUGAAAAACUUAGUUCAACUUGGUUUAGUUUUCAUACAACCGAGAUAAACAGGUUUAAAGGAAGCCCACAUACAGUAUGCGGGUGUUCCAGAGUUUUAUCAAGCUAACUUUGUUGAUUCCAGGUUCUGAAGAAACUUAAAGGAUCACUUAAUCAUCAUCCGGUGUUUGAAGGUCGGCGACUCCACUUACUCGCUUAUUUUCAUCUCCUGCUCGGCAAGAAGGAGAAGUGCAAGGUCAUGUUACGGAAAUGUUGCAGUAAAAGCAGGAGUAUGGGUGUCUGGCUGGAAGUUGAAUGGGCCAAGAAAAAUGAGAAUGGUUGGUUCAGGGGCACCCUGGAGUCAGAGAAAGCUUACGAAGGGAAGUCCAUGUUCAGUCUUCCAAAACCGCAAACGGCUGCUUAA